UCGAGGCGGCGGCAGCGGCGGCGGCGGCUCCGGUGGCUCCUCCUCCUCCUCUGGUGGCGGCGGCGCCCCGGGCCCCAGCCCCGGCCCCGGCUCCCCUUUCCGCCGCCCCCGCGCGUCCCCUCCUUCCCCGGCGCCGCGGGGAACAUGAAGCUCCGCUCCCGGAGGUCGGCGAGUGAGUGACCCGCGUCCCCUCCUCAGCCCGCCCGCCCGCUGGCCCGCCGCUCCCCCCCGCCUCGCCCAGGCAAUGACAGCGGCUCCGGCGUCUCCGCAGCAGAUCAGGGACCGGCUGCUGCAGGCCAUCGACCCCCAGAGCAACAUCCGGAACAUGGUGGCGGUGCUGGAAGUCAUCUCCAGCCUGGAGAAAUACCCCAUUACCAAGGAGGCACUGGAGGAAACGCGACUUGGGAAGCUCAUCAACGACGUCCGCAAGAAGACGAAGAACGAGGAGCUUGCCAAGCGGGCCAAGAAGCUGCUGCGGAGCUGGCAGAAGCUCAUCGAGCCCGUGCACCAGAAUGAGGCGGCGCUGCGGGGACUGGCAGGCGGCCCCGGCUCUGCCAACGGGGGCGCCCAUAACUGCCGGCCUGAGGGGGGAGCGGCUGGCACUCCCAAGAGCAUCCACGACCUGAAGAACCGCAACGACAUCCAGAGGCUGCCUGGGCCACGGCUGGACAGGCUAGGCAGCCGCAAGCGCCGGGGGGACCAGCGUGACCUCGGCCACCCUGGGCCACCUCCCAAGGUCUCCAAAGCCAGCCACGACUCCCUGGUGCCCAAUUCCUCCCCCCUCCCCACUAACGGAAUCGGCGGGAGCCCAGAGAGCUUCCCCAGCCCGCUGGACAGCAGUGGGCACAUGGGCCCCGAGGGUGGCCACCUGGAGCACAGCGAGAACGACAAGCACAGCGGCAAGAUCCCGGUCAAUGCUGUGAGGCCACACACCAGCUCUCCGGGCCUGGGCAAGCCCCCCAGCACCUGCUUGCCGGCCAAGGCUGUAGUGCUGCAGCAGCUGGACAGGGUGGAUGAGACCCCAGGCCCCCCACACCCCAAGGGGCCACCGCGCUGCUCCUUCAGUCCCCGGAACUCACGGCACGAGGGCUCCUUUACCCGGCAGCGAAGCCCAUACACACCCAGAGGUUCCGUGCCCAGCCCCUUGCAGUGGUCCCAGUCGCUGGAUGCCACGCAGGUGCCAUCACCACUUCCGCUGGCCCAGCCAUCCACCCCCCCCGUCAGGCGGCUCGAGCUGCUGCCCAGCGCUGAGAGCCCAGUGCGCUGGCUGGAGCAGCCCGAGGGCCACCAGCGGCUGGUGGGGCCAGGCUGCAAGGCGGGGCUGCCCCCGGCCGAUCCCCUCCUGCCCCGGGCGGGCUUCUCCCCGGACUCCUCCAAGGCGGACAGCGACGCUGCCUCCUCUGGUGGCUCGGACAGCAGAAAGAAGAAGAGGUACCGGCCUCGAGACUACACGGUGAACUUGGACGGGCAGGUGGCUGAGGCGGGGGUCAAGCCUGUCCGGUUAAAAGAGCGGAAGCUCACCUUUGACCCCAUGACCAGACAGAUCAAACCUCUGACCCAGAAAGAGCCAGUGCGGGCCGAUAGCCCGCUGCACACGGAGCAGCCCAGGACAGAGCUGGACAAGCCUGAGGCCAAGGCCAGCCUCCAGAGCCCUUUUGAACAGACGAACUGGAAGGAGCUGUCGCGCAAUGAGAUCAUCCAGUCCUACCUGAGCCGGCAGAGCAGCCUGCUGUCAUCGUCGGGCGCUCAGACCCCGGGGGCCCACCACUUCAUGUCCGAGUACCUGAAGCAGGAGGAGAGCACCCGGCGCGGGGCCAGGAAGCCGCACGUGCUGGUGCCUCAUGGCCCACCCGCAGCCCUGCCAGGACUGACCCGCGAGGUCACACAGGACGAUCUGGACAGAAUCCAGGCCCACCAGUGGCCGGGGGUGAACGGGUGUCAGGACACACAGGGUAACUGGUAUGACUGGACGCAGUGCAUAUCGCUCGACCCGCACGGCGAUGACGGGCGGUUGAACAUUCUGCCUUAUGUUUGUUUGGACUGACCGGCCAUUGGCCUCUAAGUGCGUUCCCACUUUGCAUUGGCGGGCUGUCCUGGCUGCCUCCAGUGGUUGGGAAUCCUGGGAGCCGGGCCAGGGCAGGUGGGAGGGGGCGGGAGUCUUAAGGUCUCUCUGCACCCUUCCCUCAAAACUCUCCUUCUUUUGUGAAAUGCUGCUACCAGUUUACUAACAAAAUUGCAAAGGAAGGACCGUGUGAAAGGCAGGCCGACAAAGUGAGUUCAGAACUCUAUAGCAAACCAGCUAUAAAAAGCGUUAGUCCCCCAGCCUGGUAGAGGUGCGGACACUUCCAGCACCCAGGAGCUGGGAACUCAGUUGCAGGCAGGCACAGGAAACCGGUGGUAGAGAUUACCUUUAACACAGAAACAAGCACGCAUCUCAUGUGUUGGCAUUUUCUGUUUUUCCAUUUGGCCCUGAGUGUCUGAGGCAGUGGGCAACACCGUGGCCUCCAUUUGCCCCCUACCCAGUGGCAUCCCUGUCACAGUGUCAGAAGCUUCUCAGCUGUAGUGAGCUGCUGACAGGGGGUGGGCCACUUGGCCAGCCAGUUUGCCACACACUCCGUGGGCAUCCACACAUUUAUACCCAGUUUCAGUUAAAACUCAGUUUUAAAAGAAAUGCUGCAAAAACUUAAGUUUUCUAGAGUUUAUUUUAUCGUCUUCUUCCAUCUGACCACCAGCCAAAUCAUUUUCCUUUUUCCCUUUUCAUUUCCUGCACAUUAUCUAGAAGAUUUUAUCUUUCUAGAUUUCCCUCCCAAAAACAAGAGUAACUGUGGGUGCUACUGGUGUGUAAGCUGUACUGUUGGGCAAGAGGAGACCUGUCUGUACGCUGGAAACACUCAUAACCAUUCCUUUAGAUUCGUUUGCCUUAUGGUUAUUUGUCAUAAACGCGAUUUGCAAAAACAAGGAGCCUUAGUGAAUGUACAGUACCUAGACUUCUGUGUUCCCAGGACACAGAAGGGAGCAACUUUGCUAUUUGGUCCAUUAAGUGGACACCUUGUG